AUGGCUAUAUUUGGGUCGAGCUCGGCGUCGAACCCUCAGGGUCGCCAGGCGACCGCUCAUCAACAGGCCACUGCCGCUGACAUCGCUCCUUGGGCGAGCCGACCACCGAACGAUGUUGAUGUGGCACCUUGGGAACGGGAUCCUCAGGCACAUAUGGUUGGUACUCGGGCUUUCAACCAGUCGCAUUUCAAUGAGCCGCCGGUGGGUAGGGACGAACACAAUUCAUCAUUACGGCCAGAUACAGCAUGGACGGCUAUGUCGGCUAUGUCGGAUUCGCCUGACUUUGAUGGCGACGCGCGGCGGCCUUCAGUAGCCAGCGCCACAACGGUCAGUAGCACAGGCUCGAAAGGCAGCGGCGUCAAUGGGCGGUAUCACAAGAGCUUGAAGGGUUUCUUCGGUGAAGAUCCGACGGGUUCGAGGCAAGGGUCGGCGGCAAAUCUGUCUCCGGAACAAGAAGGUCAGGGCGCCAUCUUGGAGAAGCCAUCCCAACGCAGCAACUCUGUCCAAACCCAGAACACAGUGGAGGAUGCGCCCAAGACACCAGCGCCUCCUCCUUCCAGCGAUGUCACCCCUUGGGCUUAUCAGAAUUUCGAGGACGUUUCCAAUUUCGGUUCUGCGCCUAUACGACAGGAUCAGCCGAGCGAGACUUUACAGCCUGGGGCUCCUGCUCCCUCGUCCUACCGCCGCGGUCUCCUGCAUCGCCAUACAAGAAGCAAGGAGGAUUCGCCCAAGGGUCAGCAAGCACCUCCGGCCAUUCCCAAGAGACCAUCCACCAGCCGAGAAGCCUCCUCCCCCAACAUAGGCUUUCUUCGCACUGCUCCUCAAAACAGCACGCCGACGAGCUCUCCUUCAACUCUGAACCGGAACUCGAGCCCAGCGCCGGUGUCGCGCAAAGAGAAUGCUUCGCAACCAGAAAAGAGAUCUAUCUUUUCAAUGCUCAAGUCAAGGCAUAAAGACAAACAACCACAGCAACCCGAGCCUAUCAAAACCAAUGUGGAGUCGGCGAAGCCGGUGGAGGAGACUAAAAAGGGCAGAACGCAAUCCACGCGAGGUAUCGAGACACAGGUGGCCGACAACAAAAGGGAUAGGGAGACCAGUAUUGCGUCUGUUGAGAGCGCAUCUACGAUCAAACCUCCUGACCCGCCACCCAAAAUGGAGCGUAGCUACACGGGGUCAUCGAAAUCUAGUAGGUUCACCCGUCAUGGUAGACAUCGCGGACCCAGUCUUCAAAGUGAAGCCUUGGAGAAGACUCGGUCCGCAAAUCAACAGGCACCGAUGCAGGCAGGUGUCUUCAGUCUCGACACCAAUUUCGACGACAUGUCCGACAUCAUUGCUCAGCCACAUAUCCCCAAGACGACAGGCGAGGCAGGAAUCUGGACCGGCAAGACCGUCACUACACCAGCUCUAGAGCUGCCUGCUCCAGCUUGGGAUGCACCAGACAGUUGGGCUGUCAAAGGCCAGGAAGACGAGAUCCUUGAUAGCUUACCUGAAGCAAGCGAAAGUGGCCUCCCUGCCAUCCAAGAGGAUGACGGCGUGUCUUACUUCAUGCGUGUGUUCAGGACGGAUGGCACGUUUGCAACCUUGUCCAUGUCUAUUAAUGCCACCGUGGCAGAAGUGUUGAAGUCUCUCGCGAAGAAGUCUGUCCUUCACGACUCUAUUGACAGCUACCAGUUACUCAUGCGCAAGCAUCAACUCUCAAGACGGCUGGGGGCUGCAGAACGGCCGGUGGCAAUGCAGAAGAAACUGCUACAACUUGCCGGUUAUACUGACCGAGAUCAUAUCGAGGAUGUCGGUCGAGAAGAUAACAGCUACCUGAUCAGGUUCACCUUUAGCCACGAGAAACAGACGGGUUACGGCAGUGGCCUCGACAAUGAUCCUGCAUUCAAUAAAAUGCAAAAGUUCAGUCACGUCGACCUUUCAGGCAGAUCGCUCGUUACGAUUCCAAUUUUACUCUACACCAAAGCAUCGGAGAUCAUAUCCAUCAAUUUGUCGCGAAACCUUGCGCUUCGAGUCCCAAGAGACUUCAUCACCGCCUGUAUCAACCUUCGUGAGAUCAAGUUCACAGCUAACGAGGCAUGGCGACUACCACCUAGCCUGGCCUGGGCUAGUCGGUUGACAGUCCUUGAUGUCUCCAACAAUCGGCUUGAGCAGCUUGACCACGCUGAGCUACAUAGGUUGAUGGGGCUUGUGAGUCUCAAGCUGGCCAACAACAAGCUGUCGGAAUUGCCGCCCACUUUUGCGUACUUCCGGCAGCUUCGCAGCCUCAAUUUGUCGUCCAACAACUUUACUACUUUCCCGGAACAUAUCUGUAGCCUCAAGUCGCUCGUUGACCUUGACAUAAGCUUCAACAAGCUCUCAUCUCUGCCGAAGAUCUCGCAAUUAUCGACGCUGGAAAGGCUCUGGGUGACCAACAACGAUUUGAAAGACCCGUUCAACGAGAGCUUUGCAGGCUUGACCAACCUCAAAGAGGUAGACGCGCGAUUCAAUGGCAUCACCAACAUCGAGAACGUGACCAAGCUUCCCAAUCUGGAACUACUACUUGUUGGGCACAACAAUGUCACCACGUUCAAGGGCUCCUUUGCGAAGCUCCGUGUUCUGGUUCUGGACCACUGUCCUGUCACUUCUUUCGAGCUUGACCAACCUGUCCCAUCAUUAACGAGCCUUAACAUUGCUUCGGCGAAGUUGGUCGAGUUCAAAGAGACCAUGUUCGAUUUCAUGCCUAACUUGCAGAAGCUUAACCUUGACAAGAACCACCUCUCGAACAUGUCCGCGCAGAUUGGAAGAUUGUCGAAAUUGGAGUAUUUGAGCAUGGCAAAAAACCCUCUGAACAUUGUACCGCCAUCGAUCGGGAGCCUGAUUGAGCUGAAGUUCCUCAACCUCCGGGAGUGCAAUUUGAAGAGCCUGCCGCCUGAGAUCUGGUACUGUCGGAAAAUGGAGACGCUCAAUCUUUCGUCCAACGUGCUGGAGACGUUCCCCAAGCAGACGGCGCCCCCGCCGCCUAGUGAUGCCAGAGAAACUACACCUGCCACGACUCCGGGUUUGUCAACGUCGCCGAGCUUCGAAGAGCUCGGUAGGCUUGAAGAUUUCCAGGCUCGACGUCCUAGCCAAGCCUCUGCAGGAAUGAUGAGUCUUGGUAGCUCCCCGGGGAGUGCACGCAAGAACUCUGUUGCUUCGCUCCAGCCUCAUCGAAAGACUUCCGUGAUCUCGCGGACAAACACCGAAUAUUCGAUGAGCAUAGCUACUCGGAAGGACUCCAACAUGUCGCAGGCAAGGCUGCAAAACACUUUUGCCGGUUCUCUUCGCUAUUUGUACCUUGCAGACAACCGUAUCGAUGACGACGUAUUCCGCGAAUUGGCUCUUUUACCGGAGCUUCGAGUAUUAAACUUGUCUUACAAUGAACUCGAUGACUUCCCUCAGGGAGUCCUGCGUCGUUGGCCCCAGUUAAGUGAGCUCUAUCUUUCAGGAAACCAGCUUACUUCUCUACCCUCUGACGACCUCGAGGAAAGCAGCAACUUGAAGGUGUUACAUCUGAACGCCAACCGUUUUCAAGUGUUGCCCGCCGAGCUUUGCAACGUACACAAGCUGUCAACGUUGGAUGUGGGAAGCAAUGCUCUGAAGUACAACGUCUCGAAUUGGCCUUAUGACUGGAACUGGAAUCGCAACACCAACUUGAAAUAUCUGAACUUUUCCGCGAACAGACGAUUGGAAAUCAAGCCAGCCCAUCAGAAUCCCACCCAGUUCAACGCGGUGAAUCGGAACGACACGACCGACCUUACCAGUUUCAACACCUUGAAAUACCUGCGUGUUCUUGGUCUGAUGGAUGUCACACUGUUGACGAACACUAUCCCGGAUGACAAUGAAGACCGCCGUGUCCGGACCUCUGCGUCGUUGGUUGGAGCACUAACGUACGGAAUGGCAGACACGUUGGGUAAGAACGACCAUCUGUCCACUCUUGAUCUGCUCAAACCCAACUUCAGAGGCCGAGAUGCAGAGAUCCUGAUUGGCAUGUUUGAUGGCCAGACGAUGUCAAGCGGAGGAUCGAGGGUUGCAAAGUAUCUGCACGAGAAUUUCUCGGCCGUCUUCUAUGAGGAGCUCAAAAAGGCGGAUGCUGCGGCGGAAGACAGCCCGAUCGACGCCCUCCGAAGGACCUUCCUGAGCAUGAACAAAGACAUGGCCAACUUUGCCAGCAGCAAUUUCGACACCAAAGAGUACAGACUGGCCAAUGGCCAUCGCGGCUCUACCGUUGCGAACAUCCUUGGGCCAGAUGAGCUGACCUCUGGUGGAGUGGCAACUGUGCUAUACAUCAACGGCCAGGACCUCUACGUGGCUAACGUGGGCGACAUUCAGGCGAUUCUGAUUCAAUCGAAUGGUCAACAUUGUCAAUUGACACGCAAACACGACCCUGCUGAACCGGAGGAACGUGAGCGUAUCAGAGAGGCAGGAGGGUACGUGUCCAGACAGGGCAAACUCAACGAGAGCCUCGAGGUCAGCCGGGCUUUCGGCUACUACAGCCAAAUGCCGGCUGUCAUUGCUGCACCACACACCUUCAAGUGCCAAGUCAAUGAGUCCGACGAGCUCAUUGUGGUAGCGACCCGAGAGUUUUGGGACUAUGUUACGGUCGAUGUGGCAGUUGACGCGGCCCGGGCAGAGAAGAACGACCUUAUGCUCGCUGCUCAGAAACUGCGGGAUCUGGCAAUGGCUUUCGGCGCCAGGGACAAGAUCAUGGUGAUGGUGCUCGGCAUCUCCGAUCUGCGAAAGAGGAGAGACCACCGGUACCGCGGGACUAGCCUGUCGUUGGCAAAAGAGCUGGGACUUGACGAGGGAGCCAUAUUCCCUAGCUCCCGGAAGACGAGGCGCAAGGGCGAGACCCUGGUGGGUGACUCUCGACUGGCCCGGCUAGAGGAACCGGAGCCGCCGGUGGGAGAUGUGGCAAUCUGCUUCACAGACAUCAAGAACUCGACCGCGUUAUGGGAGAUACUCCCGGUCCCCAUGAGAUCCGCCAUAAUGAUGCACAACGAACUGAUGCGGCGACAGCUCCGCAUCAUCGGUGGUUACGAAGUCAAGACUGAAGGUGAUGCUUUCAUGGUGUCCUUCCCGACGGUCACAUCAGCGCUACUCUGGUGUUUCAGCUGUCAAAGUCAUCUUCUGGAGCUCCCGUGGCCCACCGAGAUCUUGGAGACCGUUCAUUGUCAAGAAAAGCUGGACGCCGACCAGAAUGUCAUUUACCGUGGGUUGUCGGUCCGGAUGGGAUUACAUUGGGGACGUCCGGUGUGCGAACAGGAUCCAAUCACCCGCAGAAUGGACUACUUCGGCCCCAUGGUGAACAAAGCUUCUCGUGUGUCAGCGGUGGCGGAUGGUGGGCAAAUCAGCGUGAGCAGUGAUUUCAUCAACGAGAUUCAGAGGACUCUGGAGAGCUAUGCCGACGAUGAGCGGCGCGACUCGAUCGACUCGGACGACACGGUGAAUGACGAUCCAUUGGCGAGCCAAAUCCGUCGGGAACUUCGUCAAUUGAGCAGCCAAGGGUUUGAAGUCAAGGACCUCGGGGAGAAAAAGUUGAAGGGUCUUGAGAAUCCCGAAUAUCUUUACCUGAUCUACCCCCAUUCCCUGGCCGGCCGGUUGACAAUACCUCCUGGAGCGGAGAACAAGGUCCAGCUCGGGGGUCCCGGACCCAAUGAAGAAAAGGGUCAGCCUGGAAGCCUGGGGAAGGACAGCGAACUCAAGGAACUCCAACUGGACGAAGUCUGGAAACUUUGGGACAUUGCCUUGCGGCUGGAGAUGUUGUGCAGCUGUCUGGAGGCACCAGAGCGGGCAGCGGGUCUUCACAAGCCGGAGUUGAGUCUGCUCACGAGGAUGAAGGAGCGCGGAGGGGUGCAAACGGAUGGAUUCAUGAUGAAUCUGUUGGAACAUCAGGUGACACGGGUCGAGGCAUGUGCAACAACGUUGCAACUUCGCCACAUGGCCCAUCCCUUCCGCAAGGGAGUCUCACUCAUGGAUCAAGCCAGGCCCAUCGCCGAGGUCAUGGCUGAGAUUGCGGCCCUUCUCGCGGAAGCGAAAAGCGCUCACGACGAAGUGGUUACAUCGAAGACCGAGGAAGAAACAGACUUGGAAUCAAGUCAUUGA